ACUGCGCAUCGACAACAGGGGCAUCUUGCGUUGAGGGAGAACGAAUCUCAACAUGGCAGAUGUUAUAGUUCUCGACGAGGAGCCGAACCAAGAAGAGCCGAACCAAGAGGAGUCGAACCAAGAGGGGUCCACCGAAUCCGUCAAGUCCGAAUCCGAGGGCACGUCCAUAGAAACGCCCAACGGCGUGAAAACGGAUGCUGACGAAACUAAGCCUCCCGAAGAAAAGUUUGAUGCUAAAGAGAAGUCCUCUGGGAGCAGAAGAGGGAACCGCUUCCAUCCCUACAAAGACAAACAUGCUGGAGAAAAGAAGGGUUCCCAUAGGAAUCGUGUGUUUAUCAGCAACAUCCCCUAUGAUAUGAAGUGGCAGGCAAUUAAAGAUCUAAUGCGUGAGAAAGUUGGUGAGGUUACAUACGUGGAGCUCUUUAAGGAUGGAGAAGGAAAGUCAAGGGGUUGUGGUGUGGUGGAGUUCAAAGACGAGGAGUUUGUGAAAAAGGCAAUAGAAACUAUGAAUAAGCAUGAUUUGAGUGGAAGGCCGCUAAACAUCAAGGAGGAUCCUGAUGGGGAACAUGCUCGGCGUGUGCUGCAGCGCAUGGGAGGAGGUCAACAGGGAGGUUGUGGGCAGGACAUGGGGCCUGGUGGGAUGAACGUCCCGCCCUCCAUUGCCAACAACCCCAACAUCCCACCUGAUGUCAUUCAUGCACUGCAGGCCGGACGACUGGGCACCACAGUGUUUGUGGCCAAUCUGGAUUUCAAGGUGGGCUGGAAAAAGUUGAAGGAGGUGUUUGGCAUGGCAGGCUUGGUGAAGCGAGCCGAUGUAAAGGAGGAUAAAGAUGGCAAGAGCCGCGGGAUGGGAACAGUGACUUUCGAACAGUCACUCGAGGCUCUGCAGGCAAUAUCUAUGUUCAAUGGACAGAUGCUAUUUGACAGACAGAUGCACGUUAAAAUGGAUGAGAAAUCUGUUCCUCCUGAUGAUUUCCGCCAAGUGGAAAAAACACCUCAGUUACCUCGGGGACUAGGUGGUAUUGGCAUGGGACUGGGACCAGGAGGGCAGCCUAUAAAUGCCAACCGUCUGAGUGGAGGAGGCGGAGGAGUGGGUGGAGGAGGAGGAGGCGGAGUGAGUGGAGGAGGAGGCGGCGGCGGCAUUAGCUCAAUGGGGCCCGGAGGUAUGGAUGCUCAAGCGUAUGGUGGAAUGAACCGACUCGGAGGAGGAAUGAGUGGUGGCGGGGGCUUUGGGGGCAUGGAAAGCAUGGGCAACAUGGGCAACAUGGGUGGUGGCUUUGGAGGGAGAGACAUGGCUCCAGGUGGCAGGAUGGGAGAUAUGUACCGGGCAGGAAUGGGCGGGAUGGAUCGUGACUUUGGCCACAGUGACAUGCCAAUGAAUCGAGGAUUUGGUGAAUCUUUUGGAGGAAUGGGUGGAGGUUUUGGAGGAGGCAUGAGCAGCAUGGGGCACAUGGGGACUGGAUUAGGUGUUGGAAUGGGAAAUAUGUCGAUGGACCGGAUGGGGUCAAGCUUCGACCGCAUGGGCAUGUCAGGAAUGGACAUGAACCGUGGCUUUGGCGGCUAUGGAGGCGGGGGGCCGAGUCACCUGGGGGGAGGCGGCAUGUCUGACCGGAGCUCCGGGUCCAAAGCAGGCUGUCAGAUCUUUGUGCGAAAUCUGUCCUAUGAUCUGACAUGGCAAAAGCUGAAGGAGAAGUUCAGUCACUGCGGCCAGGUGAUGUUCGCAGAGAUCAAGAUGGAGAACGGAAAGUCAAAGGGCUGUGGAACGGUGAGAUUUGACUGUCCAGAUAGCGCUGAGAAGGCCUGCAGGAUGAUGAAUGGAACCAAGAUCAACGGCCGAGAGGUGGACGUCCGCAUCGACCGGAACGCCUACAUCUUUUUGUAGAAGUCACGCUAACACACUUCCACAUUCAGCCCUCUUGCCAAUGAUCUUUUGUUUUGUUUUAAAAACACAAUUAUUUCAUAUCUCCCAUGUGGCCACUGUUUUUGUGUUUUUUUUUUUUUUUUUUUUUUUUUUUUUUGGUUUAUAUAUAUACU